GGAUAAAAGCCGUCCGUCGCGACCUCUCAUUUAACCUUAAUUGACGUCCUAUCCCACACUAACCGACCGGCCGCACCUCUGUGAGGCUAGUCCGGCAGGGGAGGGGGGUAAGCAGUCUGACAUCUUCGCAUCUUACUUCACAACAGUGGCUAAGGAAGGAUACGGGGCACACAUUCACAGAAUCUUCAUUCUUUCCACCAAGGACGCCGUCAACCGGCGACAUCACGCGCACCGAUUGGAGCAAGUUCUCACACCGGGUUGCCUACGGAUAUCAAAUCAAAAUGAAGGUCCUCAUCGCAACAAUGCCCUUUGCAGGCCACAUUCACCCAAUGCAACCCAUCGCCCUCGCCCUCACUCGUAGAGGCCACACCGUAGCCUGGCUCACCUCCGCCUCCCACGCCAACAUGAUAACACAAACCGGCGCAAGCUUCAUCCCCUCUCCGCCCGCCCUCGCCGCGCACGACGAGAUCCCCCUCGCGCCGGACCCGGAAACAUCGGGCAUGGCCGCCGUAGUCUCCACCCUUCGGAAGCUGUUUCUCGAUAGAGUGCCCGACCAACUCGCAGCCUACCGCGCCAUUCUCGACGGGUCCAACGGAUCGCCGGCUUUUCAGGCGGAUAUCCUGCUCUUAGACCUCUGCGCAUACGGCGCGCACUGUCUCCGGGAUAUCACGGGCUUGCCGUACGCGACGCUGGGGAUUAACCCGCUUGUCAGCCUCGACCCGGAGGUCCCGCCGUGGGGCACGGGCUGGCUUCCUCCGGCAACCUUCUUCGGCCGAUGGAUCAACUCGCUCGCGCACGCGGCCGCGAGGUGGCUUCUUUACCCGAAGCUAACUGCUUUACUCAACGCACACCGGGAAGAACUGGGACUUCCCUCCCUGCCUGCGUCCGGGUUCUAUGACUCCACGAGGUCGGAUACGCUGCACAUUAUGCCCACGACACCCGCCUUUGAAUUCCCGCGUAGGAACCUGCACCCAGCCGUGAAAUUCGUCGGACUGCUUCUCCCGCUAUUCAACGAAGACGAGCUCCCACCUCUCCCCAAAUGGUGGGAUGAAAUGCUCACACACCCACGGGAGAAGGUAAUCCACGUAACCCAAGGCACAUACGCAACAAACUCGUCAAACCUCAUCACCCCAACCCUCGCCGCACUCGCACACCGUGCAGACCUCCUCGUCAUCGUCACCACACCCAACGCAGAAACCGCGCUUCCGGCAUCCUCCCUCCCCUCAAACGCUCGCGUGGCCUCCUUCAUCCCACACGCGAAGCUCCUCCCGCAUGUAGGUGUUAUGGUGACAAACGCAGGCUAUAACGGCGUCCUCGCGGCGCUGAGCUGCGGUGUACCGAUGAUCUGCGCGGGUCGGAGCGAGGAUAAGGCCGAUGUAAGUUCUCGGGUUGCGUGGAGCGGCGCCGGGAUCGAUCUCGCGACCGACGCGCCAAGUGAAAAUUCGUUGAGGAGUGCGAUUGAGCGAGUCAUCACUGAUGAGAAGUUCCGGAGUGCGGCCGAGAGGGUGAGCGUGGAUUUUGGCGGGCGUGAUGGGCCUGGAGAGGCGGUUGAUGCGUUGGAGGAGGUUGUUGAGCGUAGUCGGAGAUGAAGGGGGCCGGGGUUUGAGGUUUGAGCCUGGAGUUGAGGUUCCUACGGGCCGAGAUAUCGGGAUUCCGGAUCGGCGGUCGGGCGGCCGAGGUUUGCCCGCCGAGUGAUAUCUCCGGCCUCCGGUGUUGCACACGUCGGAGGAUGAUGUAUGAUCUUCACCUUUGCAGUAUCCACUGCCAAUGCUUGGCACAUAAUGUAAAUGCUCCAUUAUCCAGCGAGGUAUCAUUCUCUAUCAACGAAAAAAAAAG